UGAUUAAUCUACCCUGAUUAAUUAUAAUUACAUAUAUACAUAUAUAGAUAUAUAUAUAUAUAUAUAUAUAUUUUCAAUUAUUUGAGUAAAAGUAAUAUAGUCAAACUACAAGCAGGUUUGAAUUUGGGACCUAUGGAUUAUGAAUGCACCAAACUUCCUUCCUCUGCGCUACGCUGAUUAAAUACAAUUACAAUAUGAAUACAUAUCUAUGUAUAUCUAUAUAAGUAUUUUGUAUUAUUUGAGAAAAAAUAAUAUGAUAAAAUUAUAAGCUGCAUAUAUCUUAGGAUCUAAUUUAUUAUAAUUAUAAAUUAUAUAUAUAUAUAUAUAUGUGUAUAUUAUAUCAUAGCUAAGGUUCGAGAUUGAAUUUGGGACAUGCGUGUUAUAAGAUAAGAUAGGAGAAAAAAAAAAAAAAAAAAAAAAAAAAAAAAAAAAAGAGGAACAAGAAGAAGAAGAAAGGACCAGUCUACAGUCCACUCCAUGGAAGCUCAAGCUUCAUCGUUUGAAAUCGGCGAAAUGCUUUCAACAUUUCUGGCAUCGACUCCACUGCUAUCCGAGGCAUGGAGACUAUGCAGCUUAGCCAGUACAACUGCUCCGAUGAGGUUCGUUUCCGAGCUCAUCGGAGAUGUGGGUUACGUGGCUUUUUCCGGUAUCCAAAUGGUCGAUGUUUCGGAACCAGCCAGUUGCAGAGAGAUGGUGCCGUUAGAAAGUGCCAGCGGCCUAAUCGGAGGUCUUUUUCAUCCAUUGUUGAGUGCUCAUAACGAAGGUGAAGAACCACUUAUGUUGCAGGGAGGGCUUCUAAAACUCUUCUUUGGUUGCCAAAAUUUCCGAGAUCAGGUUUUGGCGGUAUUGGAGAAAAGCAAAUCGAUGGUCUUCACAGGCCAUUCCUUUGGAGGAUCAAUUGCUUCUCUGUAUGCUCUUUGGCUCCUCUGCUACCUCCAUUCCUCAUCUUCUUCAAUCCCAAUUUUCUGCAUCACCUUCGGCUCGCCAUUGCUAGGCAACGAGUCUUUUUCCCGGGCCAUACUAAGAGAAAGAUGGGGUGGAAAUUUCUGCCAUGUUGUCUCAAAGCACGACAUAAUGCCAAGGCUACUUUUUGCUCCACUGCUCACUCAUCAGCUGCAUUUACUUCUAAAUCAUUGGCAUCUUUCCAUGGCGUCUCAACAGAUAGGAAACCCCGCUGGAGUUCUCCAAGUCCCCGACGAAGAUAAAGCCGAGUUCCUUAGGUUCGUGUUGGCUUAUUUGGAAAGGGCAUCACAGUUGGCAGUGGAAGGGGAAAGGAGGGAAAUGUUUUGGCCAUUUGGGAGCUACUUGUUCUGUUCCAAAGAAGGCGGAAUUUGCUUGGAGAAUGCAGUAUCUGUGAUAAAGAUGAUGCAUUUGAUGGUUGCAACUGUUUCUCUUGAUGAAUGCAUUAUGGAUCAUCUUAAUUAUGGAGAUUAUAUUGGGAAUUUUUCUUCACAGUUCCUCAAGAGGAGGAACUUCAUGCAAGGUGGAUUAGGUCCUUGUUCAAGCUAUGAAGCGGGGCUUGCCUUGGCAUUGCAGUCCUCAGGACUAGCUUGGCAGGAACCAGCUGCUACACCAGCCAAAGAAUGCCUAAAGAUGGCAAGGCGAUCAGACCGGAAACCAAUUCUGAACUGUGCUAACCUUGCUGUAACUAUAUCAAAGAUGAUGCCUUACAGAGCUCUACUGGGGUGGUACAAAACAUUUUGUGACGAAUCCGAUGAUCAGAUGGGGUACUAUGAUUCCUUCAAGCAAAGUGGAUCAUCAAAAAAGGGUCACAAAGUCAACAUGAUCAGGCACAAGCUUGCAAUCUUUUGGAAUAAGGUGAUCAGAAUGUUGGAAAACAAUGAAUUGCCUUAUGAUUUUCAUAAGAGAGGAAAAUGGGUUAAUGCUGCCCAUUUCUACCAGCUGCUAGUUGAGCCAUUGGACAUUGCAGAGUACUAUAGGUGGGGUACACACAAGGUCGAAGGCCAUUACUUGGAGCAUGGAAGAGAAAGGAGGCAUCAGAUUUUCGAUAAAUGGUGGAAUGAGAAAACAGCGUUGAAUGGGGAAGGAAAUAACAAGAGAAGCGAGUUUGCGAGUUGGACUCAGGACUCGUGCUUUUGGGCAAGGGUAGAGGAGGCAAGAGAAUGGCUUGCUAAUCUCAGAAGUGAGAAUGAUCCUAGGAAGAAGGAGCUGCUAUGGGAGAAUAUCAAUAAUUUCGAAAGGUAUGCGAGUAAUUUGGUCGAAAGGAUGGAGGUCUCUAAAGAUGUUGUAGCUAAAAAUUCUAGCUACACUUUAUGGGUAGAAGAUCUUAGAGAACUGAAAUCACAGGUGCAGCAGAUCAGGCCUUAGUUUCCUACUUUUAGAGAUGGGGAAAUAUUUCAUUAGUGCAGAACCUGUUAUGGUUAUGUAUUCCGUAUGUCUUAACUAGUUGUUGCUUUAUUUUUGCAAAUGACUGAACAUGUUCAUUUCUAGAAAAUGAAUUUGUGUGCGUGUA